AUGAAUUCUCAUGUUCAACCUAAAAAAGAUGUUUGUGCUAGUACUUGUCAUAAUGAUCAAUCAUGUCCUUCUUUUCUUGAAACAUUUUCCGAAGAGGCUAAUGCAUUACAUUCAUAUGGUAAAUCAAAUGAUAGUCUAUUUUCUAACACAUACAAUCCUAAUUGGAGAAACCAUCCCAAUUUUUCAUGGAGACAAAACCAACAACAAAUGAACCAAGGAAACCAAUUCAACAUGCCAAAUCUGAAUCAUGCCCAACCAAGUCAACCUUACCCUCCACAAAGAAAGCCUUCCUUAGAAGACACUUUACAACAAUUCAUGCAAUCCACCCAACAAAUCAUGCAAAAUCAAUCUCAAUCCAUUGCCAAACUUGAGACACAAUUGGGUCAACUUGCCAAUGCCGUAACUGAGAGAGAAAAAGGGAAAUUUCCUAGCCAGCUUGUCCCAAAUCCUAAAGGACAAUAUGAAGUAGGAGUCCCAAGUCAUAAAGAAGAAGCUAAGUCUAUUUCAACUCUUAGGUCCGGAAAACAAAUUGCCAAACCCGAUUACACACCUCAAGUUGAAAAAGACCAAAGCCAACCUCAAAGUUCCAACACAAAUGACUUGUCAAAAGAUAAUGAUCAAAUUCUUCCUUUCAUUCCAAAAGCUCCUUUUCCACAAAGAUUACUUCCACUCAAGAAAGAUGCCAUUAAACAAAUUCCUGCCUACUCGAAAUUCUUGAAAGACCUUUGCACUGUUAAAAGAAACACUAAUGUUCCAAAAAAGGCAUUUCUAACUGAACAAGUUAGUUCCAUAAUUCAAUAUAAAAGCCUUGCGAAAUAUAAGGAUCCUGGUUGUCCAACAAUUUCAUGCAUCAUUGGUGAUCAUUUUAUUAACAAAGCUUUACUUGAUUUAGGAGCUAGUGUGAAUUUACUGCCUUAUUCUGUUUAUAAGCAACUUGGUCUAGGAGAAUUAAAACCAACUUCUAUAACACUUCAAUUAGUUGAUCGUUCUGUGAAAAUUCCUAGAGGUAUUAUAGAAGAUGUUUUAAUUAAAGUGGAUAAGUUCUAUUUUCCUGUUGAUUUCAUUGUUCUUGACACUCAACCUGUUGAAAAUGCUCAUGCUCAAAUACCCAUCAUUUUAGGUAGACCAUUUUUAGCUACAUCUAAUGCAAUUAUCAACUGUCGCAAUGGUGUACUGAAAUUAUCUUUUGGAAACAUGACUGUUGAAUUGAAUGUUUUUAAUGUUUCUAAAUCUGUUGAGUGUGAGGAAAUACAUGAAGUGAACAUGAUUAACACGGAAAAUAUAUUUGAAAUGGACAUGAAUGAAUCUUUUGAAACUUAUGCAAAAAUGUUUGGAAUGUGCUUAAAUGUUGAUGAUUUUAUUCAUAAUGUGAAUUCUUUGGUUGAGUCUACCCCACUAAUGGAUACUGAAAAAUGGAAAGCCAAAAUUCAACCAUGUAUUCCAUUAGAGCAUGUUGAGUCAACUCCUGAACUACCAAAGUUAGAUCUCACACCUUUGCCUGACACUUUGAAAUAUGCAUUUCUAGGAGAGUCUAACACCUAUCCUGUUAUCAUUGCAUCUGAUUUAGAUGAAAAACAAGAAGCAAAGUUGUUAGAUAUCCUUAGAAAACAUAAAAAGGUCAUAGGUUGGACCAUGGGAGACAUUAAGGGAAUUAGCCCAGCUGUGUGCAUGCAUAGAAUUCAUUUAGAAGAAAAUCCCGAAAAAGUCAAAGAAGAUUAA